UGAAUGAAAAUGAAAAUAUAAGGCAGGCCUUCCAUUCAAGUUCUACAUACGAAUAGAUCUUCUCUUUACUCUUUAGCUCCUCUUGUUGUUCUGUUUGCAAGGUAUUCUUUUUCUUUUCCAUGUAAAGAAGGGAUCGAUCAUUAUUCAUUUCUGCAUAGAAUUUAUUCUAUAUAAGAUAGACAAGUUUUGAAGAUGACCAUGAUGAAAAAGGGUACAUGGAAAUGUAUCAUCUUGAGUUGUUACAAGACUGAACCCUUGCCGGAAUCUGAAAACCAGGCCUUGAAGCAUGGUUCUUUUCGUAGGCUAUCCCUUUCGGAUGUGAAUAAUACCAUUUCACCACUCAGUGUUGAAGAUCUCUCGAAUUCUUUCACUGGCCCGAAACUGCAUAUUUUCACAUUUGCAGAGCUAAGAGUCAUCACCCAGAGCUUCUCAAGAAACAAUUUCCUUGGUGAAGGUGGGUUUGGACCAGUGUACAAGGGGUUUGUUGAUGACAAACUUAGGCCCCGAUUGGAGGCUCAGCCUGUAGCUGUCAAGUCUCUGGACUUGGAUGGUAUGCAGGGCCACAACGAGUGGCUGGCAGAAAUAAUCUUUCUUGGACAGCUGAGGCAUCCACACCUUGUUAAAUUGAUUGGAUACUGUUGUGAGGAGGACCAAAGGCUCCUGGUUUAUGAGUACAUGCCAAGAGGCAGCUUAGAGAAUCUACUCUUCAGAAGAUAUUCAGCUACAUUGCCAUGGUCAACUAGGAUGAAAAUUGCAUUAGGAGCAGCUAAGGGCCUAGCCUUCCUUCAUGAAACUGAUAAACCUGUGAUAUUCAGGGAUUUUAAAUCUUCAAAUAUUUUGUUAGAGUCUGAUUACACUGCAAAGCUCUCAGAUUUUGGGCUUGCAAGGGAUGGUCCAGAAGGAGAAGAGACACAUGUCACAACACGAGUAAUGGGUACGCAAGGUUAUGCUGCCCCUGAGUAUGUCAAGACUGGUCACCUCACAACAAUGAGUGAUGUAUACAGCUUCGGGGUUGUUCUGUUAGAGUUGUUAACCGGUAAGCGUUCCAUGGAUGAGACCCGCCCAGGUCGAGAGCAGAGCCUUGUAAAGUGGGUAAGACCUCUGUUGAAGGACCCAAACAAGCUUGAAAGGACCAUAGACCCAAGACUUGAAGGGCAAUUUUCCACUCGUGGAGCUCUAAAGUCAGCUGCUUUAGCUUACAAAUGUCUGAGCCAUCAUCCGAAGACUAGGCCCACAAUGAGCUAUGUGGUCCAGGUCCUGGAGUCUCUUCAGGAUUUUGAUGAUACAUUUGCUACACCAUUUGUCUACAUAGUGCCAAAUGAAAAUGGCAGCAAGAAAUGCUUUGGAAUGGAGGAAGAAACAAAAAGUAAAGGAGAAAAAGAUGGCAGUGAAGAAAAUGAACACCACAAAAACCGGCAUCGGCACCAUUGCAAUUGGAGACAUCUCAUCAAGCUGCCUUUGUCAAGGGUAGCUUAUUCAGAUUCUGCUCUUUAUGAAAACAUUGGAAAUGGUUUUAGUUCUCCCUACACUCGCAGAAAAGAGGAGGCAUAGACAACAGAAAUACAAGUACAUAACAAUGCAAAUCUUUUUUUUUUUUUCAAAAUUCCUAUAUGUUGCAGGAUUCUAAAGACUACUAGAAAUGGAAUAGACAGGCACCUAAAACAAAAUGUAUUCUGCCAUGAAGGAUAUAUUAAAUUAUUUAUUAAUGAGCUUGAAAAAGACAAGCACCUAA